CGCUGCGUGUCCUCUGCCAGUUUAGAGAAAAACGAAAAGUCGUGACAGUUGUUGUGUGGGUUAAUUUGCACGCGAACAGGAACAGGAAACUCUGCCCUAAGAUGGAACUUGACUUCAUGUGCAGGGGCUGAGCAGAUGUAAACAUGUAAGACGCACUUGGUGGCCUGCAGCGUUCACGUCGUCAUCUGGGUUCAUCCUUCUCUCCUCUGACAUCCGGAACACACCCACGGGACUAACACGGUUCAAACAACAUGGCAUAUCGACAAGAUCGACCUUCAACUAGACAGACAUAUCAAGAAAUGUUCUCAAGAGAGGUGAGCUAUCGUCGAGUCGUCAAUGUUGUUGAAAAGCGGAGCGUUGUGCCUCGACUGAGUUUGGAGUCCGACCGAGACUUUCGUGAAGACCAGUGGUACGGUGGGGCCCGUAAUCACCAGGAUACACGAGAGUAUCACGAGGACUGCAGUUACCAACCUGAAGAUUGUCAUUACUAUGAUGACCAAUCCAACUAUGACAACUUUCACAGAAAUCCCUCAGCCCCGCGAAAUGAGGACCAGUACUCCCCGCAGGGUUAUCCCAGAGAUGACUUGAGGUAUCAGUUGGACUCGAGGAACAAUGGCCGACCUGCUCCCUAUCCCCGCAGCAGAGGCCGAAGGGCUCGCCCUGCUCGGAGACAAGCGGUGGACAAAAAACCCAAAGGAGACCCUGAUGACUGCCUGAGCUCUGCGCCCGUUACGCAGCACCGCUCCCCUGUGAGGAGGGAAGCCCAGAUCCCUGGAUGCUCUGGGUCAAACAGCAGAAGCAGGAGUUUCUCCCCUGACAAGGUCAAAGGCUCAAAGGCUCAACCGGCCGAGCAGAAACAUAAACCCAAUGUGCUGGCGACCAGCACUCCCAGCAGCCCUGUGGAGGGGUCUCCUCAAAGCUUAGGAUCCUCUAAGGAAAAAGCUGCAUCUGUAGUGGAGACGCAGGAUGUGCCUGCUGCCAGCAUGGAGCCAAAGCCGACACCAGAGGACGACGCGAAGACUGGCCGGUUGAAAACCAUUAAGGAGAAGGCUCUGGAAAUUGAGAAGCAUUACAGGCAGGACUGUGAGACAUUUCGCACAGUGGUGAAGAUGUUGGUGGCGAAGGAGCCUAGUUUGGACAAUCUGCUGCAGGCUCCUCUGGAUAAGAACCUGUUGGAGAUGAAACAGCGCUGCCUAGAUGCCCUCAGGCACUUUGUGAAGGAGCUGGACGAGGUAUUAGAUCAACCAGACACCUCAGCAAAAACGACAGGUCCCAAGACACAGGAGCAACAUAAUGUAGUAGAAGAGUCUUAAAAUCGUAUUUCUAAAAUGAUGAGAAAAAUGUCCAAAUAAGAAUUUAUAUAAAUGUAUAUCUUUAAUAUUUCAUUUCAAUCUUGUUUUAAUCAAGUAAUAGCAACAGUGUAGUAAUUAUUAUUAAUUCAUGAUUCAUUUUAAUUAUAUACAAGGAACAGCAAAUUUCUUCUAACUGCAACAUAAAAAGGAGUUAAUUCUUCAUAUCAGAUUAAAUAAUUCCUAAAAUGGAUAUGCUUUUACAGUGAAAAACCUUUAAGUGUUAUGUGGAAAGUUUUAAUGCGAGGAGCCUUGUGGAGAGAGAUGCACGAGAGACUAAUAUCAGCUGUCUUUUACUUAGGUCAAUGAUGUGGAAAAAUCUAUCACAUUUAUUAAAUUCACUUUAUUUCCGAUCACAUUUGAACUGAUCAUACAACCAGCAUGGGUCCUGAUCUAUUUGUUGAAUCCUACUGACAAUUUUAGUCUGGCUUUAUUUACACAUAUGUAUUCUCCAACCAGUAUUUAAGGGUCCAAAUCUAUAGGUUGUUUUGCAGUGCAGCACUAUUCUGUAUAGAAAAGAUCAAGAAUUAUUUGUAGAUCAUGUAUUAUCUAUGUAACUUGUGCCUUUUUAAGAUAUUUUUCUAAAUAAAUGAUCUUGAAUUAAU